GAGAGAGGCGGAUCGCUGUGUCCAAUGUUUCUCCACAGAGCUGACUUGAACCUUUCUCCUCGAACAAAACGCUUCCCAUUGAGAUAGCUGAGAGUCGCUUUCCCUCUCCUGGAGAGGAGCCGGAGGUGGACCAGAGAAACAUCACAAUGAUCAACACCAUGGAAUGCGCAGUGGACGCGCAAAGCUUGAUCUCCAUUUCCUUAAUGAAGAUCCACAACUCCAGGACGCAGAGAGGGGGCAUCAAGCUGCACAAAAACCUGCUGGUGUCCUAUGUGCUGAGGAACGCCAGGCAGGUCUACAUCAAGGAGAAAUACGCGGAAAUCUACAGAAUGCAGCAGUACGAGGAGGUGAUGACGGUCUGCAACGAGAUCCAGGAGCUCAACCCGCUGGAUCUGGACGCAGAGGACGCGGACGAUGAGGAGCAGGCGCGGGUUGCUUGCUGCGGCGAACAGGCGAGCGUGUGCGGCUCUGCGUGCCACCGAGGCGCGGCGCAGCCAGCGGCGCACGCCCGGACAUCGAGCGCGCUCUCCGGCUGCUCCCCGCUUGAGGACGGCGGCAAGGAACCGGAGCCCUCCUACUACCGGAGCUGCUGCAUGGAGGCUUCCCCGGUGCCACACUGUGACCAGUUCCCCGCAAACAGCAGCGCGCACUGCAACAAAACCACAGUGCUGGAUUUGGACACGCAUGUGGUGACCACGGUGGAGAACGGCUACCUCCACCAGGACUGCUGCUGUGACGCGCUCCAGUGCGGCCAGGGCGCGCAGUCUCCGGCCAAGAAACGGAAGGUUGAGUUCGGCUGUUGUGUGUCCGACGUUGAGGAAGUAUCAGAUUUUACAGCAGCGCGCAAACGGGCGAAGCGCGAGGACUGUUCCUACUCCAACAUAGACUACACAGACACUUCCAACAUCUCCAACCUGAUCUCCAUCUUCGGCUCGGGGUUUACAGGGCUGCUGAGCAGACAGGCGGACUUGGAUCAGAUCUGUAGCAAACAGGUCCUGGCCAGUCUGGGCGCAUGGACCCGAGCGAUUGUGGCAUUUUGAAUCAAACCUUUUAAUAUUUUAGAGGAGACCGGGUCAGUUGUAACAUGUUAUUCCACUAAAGUAUUCAGUUAAACCCAGCGGAGAGGUGAUUUCACUGCCAGGCUUUGUUGGGAAACAUUUUUCUAAGCUCAGGAGAAUGUUCCGUCUACAAAUGUUCCCACACUCUUCUCUGAGAACGCUUCACGCGAAGAUGUAAUUUAUAUAACGUUUUAUAUAGUUACGCUCUCAGUAAAUGUUCUUUGGAGAGAUUUUUUUUUUUUUUUUUUUUACAAAAUGACCAUACCAAAUUUCGGAACGUUCCCUGACACUAUUGACGUACCCAAUCUUCCGGGAAUGUUCUCAGGAUAUGUAAAUCGUACUAGAGCAUUUUUGGAACAUUAUAGAAAACAAAAUGGGAACAUUCACGGAAACUUUAAAAAUAAUUUUCUUGAACGUUUCCAUUUAUGUGAUUGAAAAUGUUAGGGGAAUUCUGCAGUUUUACUGGAAAAAUAGUUUUAUUUAGGCUACUGUUCCACAUCUGUUCUACUUGCCAAUAGUAGUGAAAGAUGUAUGGAAUAGAGCCCCAUGCUUGGGGUCAGUUAAAAUACAGCAAAAAAUCUACUUUUUUGUCACCAGUGUCCAAAAACGUUACUGGUUUAGAAGCAGCCUUAUUAAAAUGACCCAAAAAUUAGCAUGAAACUAGAAAAAUACCUGAAAAUUUGAUUUCCACAAAGGUAAAAAGAAAAA